UGGCCGCGGCGUUGGCGUCUGCGGCCCAGCCGGCGCGCCCCUCUGUCAGACGGUCAUGGGGCGACCGCCGAAAGCCGCGGUUGCGGCGGGGCGAGGAGCGUGGAGGCCUGGCUAGUGGCCGCGGGGCGAGGCCCUACGGCGGGCGGCGGCGACGGGAGCGGGAGCCGCCCGGGAUGUUCAGUCAUGAAACGGGUGCGCACCGAGCACGUCCAGAUGGCAGUGUCCUGCUACCUCAAGCGCCGGCAGUAUGUGGAUUCCGACGGCCCCCUGAAGCAAGGCCUGCGUCUAUCUCAGACUGCUGAGGAGAUGGCAGCCAACCUCACAGUCCAGGCAGAAUCUGGUUGUGCCAACAUAGUGUCUGCAGCCCCUUGCCAGGCAGAACCCCAGCAAUAUGAAGUACAGUUUGGACGGCUGCGGAAUUUUCUCACUGAUUCUGAUUCUCAGUACAGCCAUGAAGUUAUGCCUCUCCUCUACCCACUGUUUGUCUACCUCCAUCUCAGCCUGAUCCAGAGCAGCCCGAAGAGCACAGUGGAAAGUUUCUAUAGCCGCUUCCAUGGAAUGUUCCUGCAGAAUGCAAGUCAGAAGGAUGUUAUUGAGCAGCUGCAGACCACCCAAACCAUCCAGGACAUCCUGUCCAACUUCAAGCUUCGUGCAUUCCUAGAUAACAAGUACGUGGUCCGUCUCCAGGAAGACAGCUACAACUACCUGAUCCGCUACCUCCAAAGUGACAACAACAGUGCUCUUUGCAAGGUCCUCACCUUACAUAUCCACCUGGAUGUGCAGCCUGCCAAGAGAACAGACUACCAGCUCUACACCAGUGGUGGCUCCUCCCGCAGUGAGAGUAGCAGCCUGGAGCCCCCAGAUGUGCCCAGCCCCAUUCUGCAGAAUGAGGCUGCCCUGGAGGCCUUACAGGAGAGCAUCAAACGUGUCAGGGAGGGCCCCCCCUCCCUCACCACCAUCUGCUGCUACGCCUUCUACAACACAGAGCAGCUGCUAAACACUGCAGAAAUUGCCCCCAAUAGCAAGCUGCUUGCUGCUGGGUUUGAUAACUCCUGCAUAAAACUCUGGAGUCUGCGGUCCAAGAAGUUGAAAUCAGAGCCCCACCUUGUAGACACGUCACAUAUCCGUUUGGCUUGUGAUACUCUGGAAGAAGAGGAGGAUGAGGAGGAGAGUGCAGGCACAGAGAUGAAGAUCCUACGGGGACACUGUGGACCAGUAUACAGCACACGUUUCCUCACGGACAGCUCAGGGUUGCUCUCUUGUUCUGAGGACACGUCCAUCCGGUACUGGGAUCUGGGGAGUUUCACCAACACUGUGCUGUACCAAGGACAUGCCUACCCAGUGUGGGACCUGGAUAUCAGCCCCUACAGCCUAUACUUUGCCAGUGGGUCCCAUGACCGCACUGCCAGGCUGUGGUCCUUCGAUCGGACGUAUCCGCUGAGGAUAUAUGCAGGACACCUGGCAGAUGUGGACUGUGUCAGAUUCCACCCUAACUCUAACUAUUUAGCCACAGGUUCAACUGACAAAACUGUCCGGCUGUGGAGUGCCCAGCAGGGGAACUCAGUGAGGCUCUUCACAGGCCACCGUGGCCCCGUGCUUUCUCUGGCUUUCUCUCCCAAUGGGAAGUACUUGGCAUCUGCUGGCGAGGACCAGCGGUUGAAACUGUGGGACCUGGCCUCUGGGACCCUUUUUAAAGAGCUGAGAGGCCACACAGACAGUAUCACCAGCCUCGCCUUCAGCCCUGAUAGUGGCCUAGUGGCCUCUGCCUCCAUGGACAACUCAGUGCGUGUGUGGGACCUCCGGAACACAUGCGGUAGCACACCUGCAGAUGGCUCCUCCAGUGAGCUUGUGGGUGUCUACACUGGACAGAUGAGCAGUGUUCUAAGUGUGCAGUUCAUGGCCUGCAACCUGCUUCUGGUGACCGGAAUCGCACAGGAGAAUCAAGAGCACUGAUUCUUACAUUGGCUAGAAUGGACUGGGCUGUAGUGAGAGGCCUCUGGCCACAGCAUGGAUGUACUGAGCAAGUUACUGACAGACUGUGAAAGAGCCCAACCCCAUGCAGCCUCAGUGUUAUAGGACUCAGGCUGGGCCAGGGCAUGGUUCAGUGACUCCUGGACUUGAGAUGAACACUGGGAUGCCUUGAGGUCGGUGGCAUGUUCCUAGAGGACCCUUGGGACCCCAUGUGCAAGCACCUUCCCGUUUGCAUCUUAUUCUCCUCCCAGUGUGCUUACUGAGGGUAGUUGCCAAGUGCCCUCCACAGCACCCCUAGAUGCCCUUAGUUGGGCCACCCUCAAGGAGGGAAGUGGGGACAACUGGGAAAGGGAGGGAUGAUCCUUUUCCUGUAUGACAGAACCAGGCUUUUUUUUAAUUAUUAUUAUUGAUUAUUAUUAUUACUGCGAAGAGGAGACCUAGCACUGGCAGAGGGGAACAUCUCUGCUUUUAUCUUCAGGUUUGACUCCUGGCACUGGCUGUGAUACUUGUAAUUUUGAGCUUCAGGGAAUUCAGAGAUUUUGGUGGCACAGUGUAUCAGAAAAAAGUGAGGUCUUGAAUGCACAUUGAGCACACCAAAUAACAUGUUUAUGGAAGUCAGUGGGUAGGGUGACUGAGAACACUGGGCUCCUGCAGUGACGGGGUAAAGAGUCUUUCUUGGCUGCAUUUCUAUCAAUAAUUCUUUCCCCUAAAAAGAAAGAUUAUGGUAGGGUGGGGUGCAGCUUAGUGGUAGUACAUUUGUCUAGCCUAUGUACAGCCCUGGGUUUAAUCCCCAGUACCACCAAGAAGAAAAAGAUAUGGUAAAGAAUAAUUUGCAGUAAGUCACAAGAUAGAAUUGUAGCGUUAGACUUCAGAGUGGCUGUUAAUCAGCUCUCUGGAAGUGAGCGCGUCACAAGGUGAAUCCUGAGUGUGCGUGCACAUGUCAAACUGUGCCCUGAGGAUGAAGCAAGUUCUAAUGUAUGGGGAAAGGAUUAAAUAUUUCUGUUUUCCGAAAAGAGUUAUUUUGUAUUUUGUUUUCUA